UCAUUUGAAUUAUUUGGCUCACUCACUCCCAGCUGACUGAAAUUAGUUGAAAGCGCGCGCAGUUUUUUUAUUUAUUUUUUUGUGGGAAUAAAACUAGGGAAUCAUUUGAAAUAUUUGGCUUCGCUCCCGGUUGACUGAAAUUAGUUGAAAGCGUGCGCAGUAAAGCAAACUGGAGAGAGAGAGAGAGAGAGAGAGAAAAUGGAAGACAAAACAUGUGAAGCUCCCCCAAAAUUUGAAGGAUUUCCGUACAAACCAUACUCAAUCCAGAUUGAUUUCAUGAACGCCCUUUAUCACUCUCUCGACAAUGGCGGCGUCUCCAUGCUCGAAAGUCCCACAGGAACAGGGAAAACUUUAAGCAUAAUUUGUAGUGCAUUGCAAUGGGUCAUUGAUAAGAGACAACGGCAGAAAUCUGAGAAAAUAGUUGAAUCUGAUCUGCAUUCUGGGAAGAAUGGUGAAUUAGGCUUGGAUGAUGAGCCUGAUUGGAUGAGAAACUUCGUAGUAAAGAAAGACAAUCAGGGUCAGGACAAGAAGAUAAAGAAAAACACUAAAACUCGGGUGGGAAUAGGGAAAAGCAAUUUUGGAAGGAAACCCCAGGCAAGUGGCAGAGAUUUGUUGAGUGGGGAUGUAGAGAAAGAUUGUUGUAACAAGAAAGAGAGAAAUAACGUGUCAAGCAAUGCAGUGGAGUUGAGUGAUGAGGAAUUUUUGCUGGAGGAAUAUGAAAGCGAAGAAGAAGAUCUUGGUGAUGGGAAAUCAAAGAGGAAGACUUUGGGUGUUUCUCUUAGUUCAUCUAGUGAGGAGGAGGGUGAAGAUGGUUCUGAUGAGGAGGAUGAGGAGGAAGAAGAUAAGUUGAAGGUUUAUUUUUGUAGUCGGACUCAUUCACAACUCUCACAAUUCAUAAAGGAGUUAAGGAAGACAGUGUUCACUAAUGAGAUGACUGUGGUUUGUCUAGGCUCUAGGAAUAAUUUCUGCAUUAAUGAAGAGGUUUUGAAGCUCGGAAACUCUGCUCAGAUUAAUGAAAGGUGCUUGGAACUUCAAAGGAAGAAAAAUGAUAAAGUCUCCAAAAUCAAGCAUUUAGGAGCAGGGGGGAGAUUAAGGAGAACCAAGGCUUCUUUUGGAUGCCCGAUGCUAAGGAAAUAUAAACUACAAAAGCAAUUUCGGGGUGAGAUAACUCAACAAGGUGCAAUGGACAUUGAAGACCUUGUUCACCUUGGUAGAAGCAUGAAGACUUGUCCAUAUUAUGGUUCUCGAAGCCUGGUCCCUGCAGCAGAUCUUAUUGUACUACCUUAUCAAUCUCUUUUGUCAAAAUCAUCUCGUGAAUCACUUGGCCUGAAUUUGAAGAAUAACAUUGUUAUCGUGGAUGAGGCUCACAAUUUAGCCGAUUCCCUCAUCAGCAUGUAUGACUCAAAAGUUGCUUUGCCACAGCUGGAGAAUGUGCAAUACCACAUAGAGAAGUACUUUGAAAGAUUUCGCAAUCUUUUGGGACCUGGAAAUCGAAGAUAUAUCCAGACUCUAAUCGUCAUUUGCCGGGCUUUCCUCGAAACUCUGCACAAUGCGAAUGAUGGAAGUUAUACAGACUCAUCCCAAAACACUCCUAAGGCAUCUGAAGCAAAUCUUGCUUCUUAUUCAUCGAUGGCCAUUAAUGAUUUUUUAUUUUCUGUUAACAUAGAUAAUAUUAACUUGAUCAAGUUGCAUCAGUACUUAAAGGAAAGCAAUAUCAUGCACAAGGUCAGUGCAUAUGGAGAUCGAGUAGCUAGCCUGCAAAAUAGUUUGGCAUCUAAAGGCACUGCUGGAUAUUGUGAAGAUGGAAGCACUCUGUCCAGUUUCAGGGCGUUAGCUGAUAUGUUGCUCUCCCUGACAAACAAGGAUGGUGAUGGAAGGAUUAUCAUAUCAAGGACAAGGCCAGCAUGCUCCCAACAAGGAGGGUAUUUAAAAUAUGUUAUGCUUACCGGGGAAAAGAUUUUCUCUGAGAUUUUAGAUCAAGCACAUGCUGUGAUUCUGGCUGGGGGAACUCUGCAACCUAUAGAAGAAACAAGGGAGCGACUUUUCCCAUCAUUGUCGCCAAAGAAAUUUCAGUUUUUCUCAUGUAGUCACAUUGUCCCUCCAGAGAGCAUUUUGCCAGUUGCUGUUUCUCGUGGUCCUUCUGGUCAGUCUUUUGAUUUUAGCUACAGCUCCAGAAGCUCGUCAAAAAUGAUACAGGAGCUUGGGCUUUUGCUUUGCAAUUUGACAUCAGUGGUUCCUGAAGGAAUUGUUGUGUUCUUCUCCUCAUUUGAUUAUGAAGGACUAGUUUAUGAUGCCUGGAAGGCUUCAGGCAUCCUUGAGCGGAUUUUGAAGAAAAAGCGUGUAUUUAGAGAACCCAGAAAAAAUACAGAGGUGGAGUCUGUUCUCAUGGUAUACAAGGAGACAAUUGAUACAUUAUCAACUGGGGCUCUGAAAGAUAAUCCAGCUCAAACUGGUGCAAUACUUUUUGCUGUUGUUGGUGGUAAGAUAUCAGAAGGAAUCAACUUAAGUGAUGGCAUGGGUCGAUGUAUAGUCAUGGUUGGACUUCCCUACCCUAGUCCAUCAGACUUUGAGUUGAUGGAGAGGGUGAAGUUUAUUGAAGGACUGGGAAAUACAAAUUCCAUGAAAAUUUCAGACAUAUUGGUCAGUGAUGAAAUCAACAUUACUGGAGAUGUUAAGGCUGGGUUUGACAUACUCAGAAGUUGCAGGUGUAGAGGAAAAGAAUACUACGAGAAUAUUUGCAUGAAAGCUGUAAAUCAAUCAAUUGGUAGAGCAAUUCGGCAUAUAAAUGAUUAUGCAGCCAUUUUGUUGGUUGAUACACGGUAUGCAUACACAUCCGAUUCCUCAAAAAGAAGCUCUUCACACCCAGCUAGCAAGCUCCCCGAAUGGAUGAAGGGACGUCUAGUUUCAACAGAUUAUUACGGUGAAGUCCAUCGGAUGCUGAAUCAGUUCUUCAAAUUCAACAAAAAUCUAUGCUCAUUUGGUUCCCAGACAAAAAGGAACAAAGCUUUAGCUAUCAAACUAGAGCCACAAAUGCUGUUAGAAGAAACCAUUCAUAGAAGCAAAAGCUUGGUUAAGAAAACCAUUCAGAACUUCAAAUCCUUCUUCUUUGGAGGUUAUCAAAAGCUACCGAAAUCUCUUUCUUUUAACGCUUUUUCUUGUGGCAGCAGCAAGCUGAAAAGCUGUAAGACAGAACAAAUCUAUUCUGAUUUUUAUGAGGAAUGGGAGUCUCAUUUAGAUGAGAUGAGUACGAAGGAUAAUAAGGUUGCAACCACAUUACAAAAGCAAAUGAAGGAAGAAGAUAAUGCCUGCAGUGGAAGCCUCACAAAGUUCUCACAGAAGAGUCCUGUUAAGACCAAACAGGAAGUGGGACUUAAGGAGAAGAAGAAGACGAUUGGAAGCUCUUAUCUUGGGAAAGGGAAAGAGUCUAAUUCGAAGAAAACAAAAACAGGAGGACAUGUCUUGGCUCAAAAGAUGAAGGAAUUGGAGAUGGUAGAUGCAGCUGAUAUGGAACAAGCUUUGGAUAUAGAAGAGGCACUUCACUACUAUUCCCGCCUUAAAAGCCCAGUUUACCUUGACAUUGUUGACAAGUUUUUUCUGGAUAUGUACUCAGACAUCUCUGUCCCACAGGCCUCAACAAAGAUCACCAGCUCGAAGCGGAGACUCGGCUCAUUUAGGUUGUAGAUGGCCAUGUUUGUAAGUUUGUUUUCCCUUGUGUACAUGGAUCUGUUUUGUUGUCACUUUUUUUGUCAUUCUUCUCCAUUUUGUGUGUAAGUUUGUUGGUUUUUUGUUUUACAUUCAGUGUUUGUUGGCCCUUUUUUUCUUAACCUUGAUUCAUAUGUGCUCGAACCAGUCUUGUCACCAUUGAAUAUAAUAAAAAAAUUCUGAGGAAUUAAAAGUU